CACAUCGAAACUAUUUUAUAUUAAUACCCCAAUCUAAUAUUAUUACAUGGAAUAUUAAAAUAUUCGAAAAUCCUAGCGACGGUGAUCGAUCAUUAUUUGAUCAAGUGCAAAUUAAUUAGCGCAAUAAUCAAAGCAACAAUUUCUCCCCUCCGUUCAUUCCGAGGAAUUCACAUUAUCAACGAGUAUCCCCUUUCUUCGGCCGUAUGUCCGAUCGGAUUCCAGGCGGAACAAGGGUGACACGGUGAACGAAAGAGACGCAGGACCUUAUCAAUAUUAUCACUGGGUGGCGAGGGGAUACGAUAGGGCGGUGUAAUCGGGUGGUGAGUGACGUUGGUGGGGACGGCUCGUGGACGACGCAGGCGCCGUACACGAUCCCCCUAACGUACCCAUCGUCGCCGGCGUCGUCUUCGUCGUCGUCGUCGUCGCCGUCGCCGAGAGAGACGUCGGCCCGUCGUCGUGCCUCCUCGUGUUUUUCAGUUCCGACCGUACGACGGCGACUAACGAGACAAACGGAAAAAUUUUUCUUCGAAGGAAGGAUAUAUAAAUAUAUACACGUACAUACAUAUAUAUAUAUAUAUUCGUCUCCCUUCCGGUAUUUUGCUCGGCACGCGGUCUCGAGACGCCUGUUCGCCGGUAGACGCACUUAAAACUAAAGGUGGGAAGCACGCGGGAAAGCAACAGUGUUUGGCAAUACGGUGCCGGUAUCACGUUCCAGGAAUUCUCGUCGAUGGAAACAUGUUCUAUUAGUAAAUAAUCGGGAUAUACGUUGGAACACAGAGUGACGCAGGAGUUUCGAUUUUGGACCUGGAAGGCGUGGUGCUGCUCCGCAGAAGGAUGUAAUUCGUUGCUCGAACGAGGAGCGUGGCGAAGGAUACGCGAACGAAAGAUCCGUUUAUUACGUUUAUUUUGUUGUGCGCAAAUGAAAAACGCAAGCGUUGCCUCGUGACGAGAGAGGGAAGGUCGCUACGAGGAGUCGAGGAGACAGUGUUUCCCGUGGGCAGUGUCGGUGGCCGUCGCCAACAGGUUACGGGAAUCGAUGGAUAUUUCGAGAAAUAUCGACAAUCAAUCGUGUCAUCCGCGUGUUAUUUUUGCGGAGGAUGAAGAAGAGGUAUAAAGAUCGGCCGAAUUCCAGGUGAAAUGAGUGACCGCCUUACAACCGUAAGGGAACAGGACAUUCGAUUGAGAGGCGUAAUACGCGUCAACGUGUCGUUACGCAUAACGAUCGUAGUGAACCAAGUGGCAAACCCGCGCGCGCUUUGGCAUUUCGUAUAAACGCAACUACAAAUCCACCACGUGCCUUUCUCGUCGUCAUCCAGACGGUUCGUUUCAACCUCUGAGAUUCUCCUCGGCUCAUUUCGCUUCUCUCCCCCUCCCCUACACCGCCAUGAUAACCGCCACAACUCUUGUUUCGCUCGAACAGCUCCGCUCCGCGGCCUCGAAACAGGUGUCAGCGUUCGUGAUAUCCGUGCAUUCGCCAAUAGUGUUCCAUCAUUGAACACGGCCGAAUCGACGAGACGCACAGCACACCCGGAGGAAAGAAACGACGUUUCCGACAACUCGUUCUCUCGACAACAACAACACACCUCGUGGAAAUGUCCGCACAAUGCGCUUCUCCGAGACGUCUACCGUUCGUUGUACCUCCGGAUGUAGAGAAGUACAUUGACUUGGAGCCGACGAGGUCCAAGCUUCUCCGAAUUUUCCACGGAGUAACAAUCGCCGAGGGGGUGGUAUCGCACGUUGGCGCAACGUUGCUCACACAGUUUUCCAUUUUCUUCGAGGAUAUUCUUCGAGUAGUGUCGAGGUAUUCGCGACACGUCGUCCUUUGGCUGUCUUAAGAAAGAAUAUAUAUAUAUAUAUAUAUACAUACAUAGAAAAUAUAUAGAGGGUAGAUAGCGAUCGCGACUCGAACAGGCACGCGAGGCGAAGAGAAGAAACAAGGUGGGGGAGGGGAAAUCCUCGUGCACAAAACGAAGAAAACCGUCUUAUAUCGUUAACGACAACAAGACGUUUCCCAGAUUCCUGUUACCUACCCCGUUCUGGAAUUCCGUGGGAAUUAUACCGUUCGUGUUGCGCAUGGUAUAUCGACUAUAAAUAGAUGUUUUCUCGCGUUAGAUCGUACGUCUCGAGCCAGGAAAACAUUGGAGGAGCGGAGGAGAGUGUAUAACACGGUCGGGCCUCGUGUCACGCACGAACGUCGAGACGACGACGUCCAGGCCGCGACCUUCUCUCUCUCUCUCUGCCCUUCAAGAUCAAGAGGAGAGGAUGAACCGUGACGUCACUUGGCUACAGCUUGUUUCUUAUCCUUAGAUACAUUUAGGUAGACGAGUAUUGGGUCCAAAAGGAAGUCAAACGAAGACAUCCAGCCUUCUCGUAGGGAGAAAAACGUAUCGACUCUGUCCACGCAGCUUCUUAUAUAUGCGAAUUUUGUACAAAACGAAAAUACCAAGAAACAACGAUCCUCCCGCGAAAGACUAGCCAAGACUAACUUGGGACUCGAGGGUGUUCCUCGAGGCAAAAGGCAAAGGCACACACGCAUCGCCGCAUUAAGUGGCAAUUUUCUUGGUGGUUACUUUUCCUCGUUUACUAUUUCCUUCGCCUUUUGUAUCUACGUAAGAAGUCUAGAGCGGAAGAAAGAGAGAAAGAGAGAGAGAAAGGAAAGAAUCAUCUCGAUUUCGAUCGUCCGACCAGCAACGAAUCUUCUCCCAUUAUCUUUUUGUUCUCUUCUUCUUGGAAGUUUUUUCUUAAGAGGAAGAUUAAAAGAGAAAAGGGAAGAACAGAUUUUUAGGAAGAACAAAUUGUUGACGAACAUCGCCGAUAUUAGCCGGUGCUUCUUCUUUUCCCUCGAUGAUCAUUAUGCUCAACUCGUGCUGUGCUUUUUUCUACCGUGCUUGUACGCAUGCUGCGAGUGUUUUUUCAGUGCUGUAGUGUCACACGUUAAUUAUUAAAAGCAAGGCUUAACGAGCCUUCGAUCGAACGCCAAACGUCUCAUAGGCCCAGGUACCUGGGAAUAAUCCUGCGAUGCCUGUUAGACGAGGUCACGUGGCGCCCAGGACAACGAUCAUCGAAACCAUCAUCAGGAAAUUCGAUACGCACGAUCGAAGUUUUUUAGUGGCCAACGCUCAACAGGGACUAUGUCACAUAAUAUAUUGCUCGGACGGUUUCUGCCGGCUGACAGGCUUUUCGAGGGCGGAAGUGAUGCAGAGACCGGCGAUCUGCGAGUUCCUUCAUGGGCCAAUGACGUCGCCCCAUGCGGUCGCAGCCCUCCGCGACGCCCUCGCCGCCGGCGUCGAAAAGCAUUUCGAGAUCCUUUACUACAGGAAAGACGGCACCAAGUUUCUGUGCAGCGAGGUGAUAGCGCUAAUAAGGAGCGAGGUGGACGAGAUCUGCUUGCAAAUAAUAAAUUUCGAGGAUUUGAGCUCGCAGCCAUCCCCGCAGCCUGCAAUUCCGCCCCCAAGCCAGACCAACAACAGGCUCGUCACACGCUUCGACAGGGCAAGGGCGUCGUUCCGUGCUGGCCUCUCCAGGACCGGUGUCGUUGGUCCGCCAAGGGUCAGGAAUCGGCCGAGAACCGCGACCAACUUACCUCAUCGACUUGCUGACGGGACCAUCCUCGACGAGGACGCCUCUGAGAACUGCCCACUAACAUGUGGUUCACCUACAAUGAUGGAAUCUUGGGGUCCUGGGAGGACUGGCACACCCCCGCCUGCUCUUCCACCCCCUCCAGCUGGGAGCAACAAUGGUGGUGCAACGUCUGCAGCAACCGCAACCGUUGCACAGCCCAGCACAACCGCGCCGAUUGCCAGCCCGGAAGGGGUGAGCGACGUCUCCCAAAAGUCUGGGAUUUGGGAGGGGGCGAACUUCUCGGCGGCUGGUGGCGCGGAGGGACCUUCCCGAAGCGUGUCGCAUGCGGCCAGCUUGGACGCGAUCUCGAGGAGGGCGGUGAAACCGGAUACGGCGAGGGUGCCGUGUCGCAGCCUCACCUGCAGCGUUUUAGCGGGCCGAGGGAGCGAACACGUCACCCUCGAGCGACGACCAGCGACAGUCGAUAAUCUCACGGAAGCAACUAAACAUUCGAAAAUCUUUCCCGGCGUUGCGUCCGAAAGUGACUUGCAAAAAUGGCGGAUGUCCAAAGACCGGAAGUCGCCAUCCCUCAGCCAGAUGGGGCCAGAUUCCAUCAAACACAAAUUCUCCUUGCAGGACAACGGGUCCGCGAAAUACUUCCAAGGAGCCAUGCACACGUCGAACAUGGGAGAAAAGGUAGCCCAGGUGCUGUCCCUUGGAAACGAUAUCCUCCCAGAGUACAAAUUACAGUCACCUAGAAUCGGCAAGUGGACCAUACUACACUAUUCACCCUUCAAAGCGGUCUGGGACUGGGUGAUACUGUUGCUCGUAUUGUAUACCGCCAUAUUCACCCCGUACGUAGCCGCCUUCGUCCUGUCGGAUCCAGAUUACAACAGCAGGAAGAACAAAAAGUACAGUGACGAUCCCAUCGUCAUCAUAGACUUCAUAGUCGACGUCACUUUCAUAGUGGACAUCAUCAUAAAUUUUCGCACGACUUUCGUGAAUAGCAACGAUGAAGUGGUGUCCCAUCCUGCAAAGAUAGCCGUCCAUUACCUGAAGGGUUGGUUCAUCAUCGACUUGGUGGCGGCCAUACCCUUCGACCUUUUUCUCGUUGGCUCUCACACUGACGAGCUCGGCUUGGACAAGGACGAGACGACCACCUUGAUAGGACUAUUGAAGACGGCUCGUCUUUUGCGACUCGUCAGAGUAGCCAGGAAGAUCGACAGGUACAGCGAAUAUGGAGCUGCUGUUUUACUACUUUUGAUGGGCACCUUUGCUCUUAGUGCCCAUUGGAUGGCGUGUAUAUGGUACGCCAUAGGGAAUGCGGAGAGACCAACGUUGAAGAGCAAAGUCGGUUGGCUCGAUAUACUUGCCAACGACACGCAUCAGUUUUAUUUUCACAAUAACACCGGUGGGCCGAGUAUAAAGAGCCGCUACAUCACAGCACUGUAUUUUACCUUUAGUAGUUUAACAUCGGUGGGCUUUGGAAACGUGGCUCCAAACACGGACACCGAGAAGAUAUUUACUAUAAUCGUUAUGCUAAUUGGAUCUUUGAUGUAUGCCAGUAUCUUCGGUAACGUCUCGGCGAUCAUUCAGAGGCUUUACAGCGGUACAGCAAGAUACCACACGCAGAUGCUUCGAGUUCGAGAGUUCAUCAGAUUCCAUCAGAUCCCGAAUCCGCUUCGUCAGAGGUUGGAGGAGUACUUUCAACACGCUUGGACGUACACGAACGGAAUCGACAUGAACAGCGUUCUGAAAGGAUUCCCCGAGUGCCUUCAGGCGGACAUUUGUCUUCAUCUGAACAGAAAUCUUUUAAACAAUUGUAGAGCCUUCGAGGGUGCGAGUCCUGGUUGUUUAAGGGCGUUAUCGUUAAAAUUUAAAACCACACACGCGCCACCCGGUGACACGUUAGUUCAUCGAGGAGACGUGUUAACGUCCCUGUACUUCAUAUCGCGAGGAAGCAUAGAGAUACUGAAGGGCGACGUCGUGAUGGCCAUACUUGCGAAGGACGACAUAUUCGGGGAGAAUCCUUGCAUAUAUCCGACCGUUGGCAAAGCGUCCUGCAACGUGCGAGCGUUGACCUAUUGCGAUCUGCACAAGAUACACAGGGACGAUCUACUCGACGUUCUGGCCCUUUAUCCGGAAUUCUCCAAUCACUUCAGCCAGAAUCUCGAGAUCACUUUUAAUCUGAGAGACGAGGAACAGGCUGGUGUCGAUCCAAUAUCAGCAAGGUUUCCUGUCAGUACUCCAACGGACGUCGAUGCCGACGCUAGGAGAUUCGCUUUCCGUCCACCAAGAUACCGUCGAGGACCCGGUGGUGGUCCUGGCACCAAUCUUAUCCCCACUGCUCGACAAGACUCCUUACAGGGUGAUCAGGAAGAUUACGACAAAGGAAGUGGCCACGGAAUUCUGGAGUUCAGCACCGACAAAGCCGGCCAAGAUGUGACGCCAUUGAACCUAGAAUUCGACGAGCCAAAACAAAGGAGCUCCACGUUGAACUCCAUAACCGGCAUGCUAACCCAUCUCAAGCGCAGCAUACCGGACCUACGCCAACACAAGAUCCAUCUUCAACCACUGACGAGUCACGAUUACCUUGCCAAACAGAUGACCACGCCGUUGACGAAACCAGCGCGGAGAAGCUCAGCCGCUGGUGAAAGCUGCCUCAGCCAGAACGCGGUACAUCCGACCUCGACGACAUCCAGUCACUACACAACACCGUCGCCACCUCAGCAUCCCCAGACUCACGGUGACUUUCAAAGUGGACCGGGCCGACCCGUGGAAGAGAUAAACGCGAGAAUAGACCAACUGUCCCGGCAAGUGUCCUCGUUGGAACACUCGAUGGGGGAGAACAUCAGGUUGAUCCUGACGCUGCUCCAACAGACGCUCAACUCGUCGAGGGAGAGCUCGAGCAUCGAGAUGAUGGCCGGCCCGACCUCGGUCGGGCUGUCGAAAAGUAGUAGAGCCCCGGCUUUGGUCCAACGAUCGGCCAGCGAGCCUCAGCCACCUACCGGCCCGCCGUCGAGUAACGGAAAUGGAAAGAUCCAGCCUAGCACGUCUCACGGUUUGUUCAGCUUUCUUUCGAAAUCCCUGGAUCAGUUGCAUUUGAUUUCGGCGUCUUUUAUUUUGGAAAGGUUGGACAAGUUCCGAAGCAGACCCCCAACGAAAGAGCCAAUGUCGACGUCCUCGGGAACGUCGCGAUUGACAGUCACGUCGGACACGUCCGCGUUGGCCACGGCCUUGCAAACGGCGUUGAACGGGAGAACGGCGCCCACGAGGUCCCAGAGCCAACCCGUCGACCUGGCCGUGCCACCCCCGUCGCAACAGGCGCAUCUGCCGCACGCGUGGCACAGUCAACCCGCUGCAUUCAGGAGGGGAGAGUUCAGGAGCGGGUACAGUUCGUUCAACAAGCGAUCAGAGCCGGAGGGGGAGGAUCCGUGGAGCUGCGUGGUGUCCGUGUCGGAUCGAGGGGGUAGCCAGCGUCCUCGGAGCAGCGAGUCCCGGAAGGAGCCGACGAAUCAUCGCGGCUCGAGCGAGCUUGGCGCCGCUCAACGUUCGGAGAGCAGGCAACCAGGCCGGGACGAGGCAAGCCAGGGGCAGCGGCAAGAGUCCUCGAGGCAGGCGAGCGAGGACAUCUCCUGGGAGUUCACGAUAAACGAGGCACCGAUCGCGAGACUGGAAUCGUUGGACGAACUCGAUCAGGAUCACGUCAGUUAAGGCCAACGUUCCCCCACCCCGCCCCCCUUCCUUUUCGAACCAAUUGCAGACUCGCUUGCGACUGAAACGCGACGCGUAGCCGGGUUUUACGUCGGCUAUCGAUACCAAUUGAUCAUUCGGAUGGCUGUGGACUCCUUCCGUUCCCUCUUGGAGGAUCUAACAAACGUGGCGCCAGGAUUGGACAACACCAGCCCGCCCCUGAUCGAUUUUCUCUUCGAGAUCCCCCCCUCCUUCAUGUAUAUCCUUUGAUAUCGGUCCAACUUUAUUCUCUCUCUUUUUUUUUUUUCUUUACUUCAUCCCCUUCCUCCGCCCUUAUUUUGCGUGUUUUUCGUAUCUCACGUUCGAAGAAUUCGUUUUACGGAUAUUUGUAAGAGAGAGGCUCGCUCCCUUUUUCCAUAAAGAAUACUUUUUAUCGCACCGCUGCGUUGGGAGAUCAAUGAACGCGAAUGAAAAUUCGCUAUUUCGACGAAAGCACAAUCUUAUUUCUUUUUUUCUCACCCAAAUUUUCGCCCAGUCUUUUCCACGAAUGACCGUUCUCUGUAUUCGAUUGUUUCCACCGAGCGAGCAAGUCCCAAUUUUCUCUUUGAAUCGGGUAGGAUCGUUAAAGAGAAUAUCGAUCGGCGGGCGAUCGGCAGCGAUAUCGAUCGCGGAGGGAUGUUUACGUUUCAAAGAGGCGGAAAGACGUGCGGAGGAGGAGGGAAGAGCGAGAGAACAGAGAGCACGAGCGAGAGAACAGAGAGCACGAGCGGCGUUUUCAAAAUAUUGUAUACAUAUAUGAAAACACGUAUAUACACGAAUGCGUUUUUCCGCGACACACAUUCAUACACACACACACACACACACAAACGUUAAUCCAAUGGCGGUGAUAUCGACUUUGCCUUCAAUAUUGACGCUAUUUUUUUCCUUGGAGCAAUUUUUUUUAAUCGAAUUAAAAAACACACACAUACACAGACACACAUACACGUACGUAUUCCCCUCCGGUGGCGAUGCUUUUUUGUUUCGCACGUGAAAAGCUUUCGUUCGUUACUUAAUACCGUGUAGAAAGAAGAGAAAAAUGAAACAGGAAUGGAAGAGGAAAAUUUAUUAUAUACGGAGAGAAGAAAGGGGAAUUAAUAAUGAAAGAGAAAUAAAAUAAAAAAGAAUAAAAUGUAAGAAUAAAAUAAAACGGGAGUACGAGAUGGCAGAAGAUCGAUGUUCGCGGGAUUAGAAGAAAGAGAAAUUUUUAAGAAAAAGGGGAGAAGAAUAAGUGAAGUAAACUGAAGGGUGGAAUUUGAAAUCGAGACAGGAGGUGGCUCGUGGUGAGUUUCUUGAAUUUUUGAGAAUUCACAGAACAACAUACAGCUCGUUUUCGACUUUCGAGAGCACUUUCUUUUCUUUUUUUUUAUUGCUUACAAAAAAAGAGGAAGUAAGAAAUAAAAAAAAAAACUCACGAGAGAUAUCGCACGUGUUAAAAACUGAAAAAAAAAAGCAAGGGCUGGAUGAAAGAUCGAACGAUCGAUGACGAAGGAAUUAGGUAUAUGCGAGAACAAACAAAAGAAAACUAAUAGAAAAUACAAUUCUGAGUGCCACCUAUACCGAAUAAAACUGCAAUGUCCUUUAUACAGACAACCAAAAAAAAAAAAAAGAAAAAAAAAGAAAAAAAAGAAACAAAUUAAUAAAUAAAUAAAUAUAUAAAAGGAAAUUGACGAGAAAAUAUGGGACAAGCGAGAAAAUGGGGAAAAUUAUUAAUAUGAGAGAGAAUUUAGAUAAUUACUAAUAUUCUAUUAUUAUUAUGAUCAUUCUUACGAUUAUUAUUAUUAUUGUUAUUAUUAUUAUAUUAUAUUAUAUUAUUACAUUAUUAUUGCCAUAAAGUAGGGAAGAAACGCAAGCGCGAUGGGGAGGAGGCGAAGAUAAAUAAGAUUAUAGAAAAUACCGACGGUAUAAAUAUGGUUGAAAGAAAAAAAUGGAAAAAAAAGGAAGAAAGAAAGAAAGAAAGAAAGAAAAGAACAAGAGAAAGAAACAACAAUUGCCUGCGCAAUAACGGUAUAUAUAUAUAUAUAUGUGUAUAUACAUGUUAUACGUACAUUUGCUCGUGUAUGUAUAUACACCAGUGUCGUGUGUAUGCGUAUACACGUUGUAAAAAAAAAAAAAAUUUUUUACAAGAUAUAUCUCGAAUUAACUAACUAAGCGUACGUUGGUUUCUCUUCCUCACUUUUCGUUCUCGACCUCCCGAGUGUUUACUUUUUUUCACCCCGUUCGGCGAUUUAUCACGCAAUGAUAAGGGUGGAAAGCGAUGAUCGAUGAUUCUCGAUCGUUCUUUCUUAUCGUUUUCUUCUGAGAGCGAGUUGACAAGGGAAGAGAAGAUUUUUUUUCCCCACUUCAAGAUAUUAUCAUUAUUUUGCCAUUGAGAGAAUGUUGAGGUUCAACAGGAUUUCUAAAAAAAAAAAAAAAGAAAGAAAAAAUUCUCGACAAUAAUUGGAAAAUUAAUAAUUCGUUUACUCGGAGAGAUUACUCGAUAUCGAAAUAUUGAUCGACUAUCGUCACAUAUCACUUUGAAGAAUGAAAAAUCGAAUCAUCUAUUUUCGUUGGAGAUUGAAACUUUCUUUGUUGUCGAUCGAAACGGAUUCGAAAAGAGUUAUAUAAUAAAAAUGAACGAAAGUAUGUAAAUUUAAAAAAAAAAAAAGAAAAUAUCGUAGUCCUGAUUAGGGACGAGUGUGGAAAGGAAGAAAUGAUGGAAGAACGAAGGGAUGAAAAGAAAGAAGUAUGCUCGAUCGAGGAUCAUCGAUCACGGAUUCGUUCUUUGCUCAGUAUUUUAGGCUGUAAAUGAUACCAAUACAUUCGAUGUAACGAUUAAAUGAAAUCGUAGAGUUACUUUGUAACGAGAGAGGAGCAGCGGCGCAGCGCUAAAGAGAAGCAGCUUUUUAAUUACAAAUAGCAAUUAUCUUUGAUUAUUACCAGUAGUACACGCAGCACACGUGGAUUUUCGCACUUAGGUACACGGCGAAACGAAUGCGGAUUUAUUGUUCUUUAUAGGAAAAAAAAAAAAAAAAAAAAGGAAAAAAAAUAAAAAAGAAUAAUGGAUGUUCAGAACACGGUCCGAAAAAGAGGACAACAGUGAUCACAAAGACAGAGAGAGAGAAAAAAACAAAACAAUAACUUUUAUUCGUUUCUAAUUAAUAUUCAUAUCAGUGAACAUUCGUUACGAAUCUUUUCUUUUUUUUUUUUUUUUUUUUUAAACAAAGUCGAUGAAAAUUGUUUCCAACAUUUUCGCGACGAUUCAAAGAUUCUAAAAAUCGUUCUGCGACGAGAGAGAUGUGGAAAAGUUAAUUUCAUUUCGAAUGAUUUCGAAAUCGAAGAAACGACGCUUAAUUUUAAUCCAAGUGUGAUGAACGAUGAAUGCACAACGAUAAAUAGAAUUUUAUUUCUAAGGAAUCAGCUUGUCAAACGUCGAAAGUGUCUACAUUACCUGUUCAUUUUCAAAUCGUUGAUCAAUGUAUCUGUCCAAGAAUGAAGAGAAAAAAAACAGUAAAAUUCUCUUAUGUUUCUUAGAUCCGAUUUUUCUUUACCAAUCGUUAAAAAGUAUAGUAUAUUCGACGAAAUUUCGAUAAAUCGACUCACUGCUGUUCUCGAAAUCUACGCGAACCAAUCUACGUGAAGAUGCGAGACGAGAGCCAAGUAUUGCUUUUAGUAUUCUUUUUUUUUUUUUUUUUCCCUCCCCCAUCGAGAAAUGAUGUAUUCAUCCGCGUUGAGUUAAAAAGAAAGAAAGAAAAAAAAAACGAUAGAGAAAAGAAAAGAGCCGGAUACCAAAAGACGUCCAUUGCAUCAUUCCCUUUGGAGGAUAAUUUCGCGAUAAUUAUUGAUAUAAUUUCGGAUUCAGACUUCGUACACCCUUUUGAACAUCGAAUUUUUGCGAAGAUUUUUUAGGAUAAACACGAGUGAAUAAUAAAUACCCAUCGACAAUUCGAAUACAUCUUCGACGAAUCGAAACGUAAAAGCGCUGUAAAUUGUCUUUGAAAAUUUUUUACUCGCGACGAUGCAUUUAUUCGUUUUCCCCGAGAGAAAUAUAUCCGACGACGCGUAACUUCGUUGAGUGUUUGACGAGAUUUGAACUCUUUUCUAUGUUGAAUACGAUAGAUGAAAAAUUUCGAAGGAAAAAAGAAAAGAAAAAAAAAAAAGACGACUGCAAUUGUUCAGUUGAAGAUCGACUCGAUGAUGCAAACAAAAAAAACGCGAUUCACAUCAGAGAUCCGCUCUUUUUUUCUGACCGCAAGAAUAUCAAAAUCGAGAGAAGCAAAGAAAAAAUAAGAAGAAAAAUAUACUUCAUCUUCCGACAGGAAGUUUUCAACGCAAGUUUUCGCUUUUAAGGUGUUAAACUCUGUUCGAACGUUACUUAAACUUGUCAAUUUUUCAAAUUAAAAGGAAGUAUCGGACAAAAUUUACAUGGAAUCCCAUCGAUUCCAGAAAAGAAGUUUGCGACGUUUCCAUUUUAACGCGAUCUGACGACGACAGGAACAAGAGACAAGAAAGAGGGAAGACUUGCGUUACAAACUUCGAAAUAAACAAUCAAAUCGAUAUGAAACUUCCCCAACGAUCAACGAGAAACCUUCCCAAACUUGAAUUCGAAGUGUACUUCAAAUUCCUUCAAAAUCUCUAAUCCCAUCUCGAGUUUCAAAAAACAUAAAAAUUUCGAGAUCAAUCCUCUCUGAGCCAACUUCCUCCAGAGACAUACUCGAAUCUUAUCGCUUCGUCCUUCGUCGAUCUUUUUCUCCCCUCGAACUUCUUUCUUUCUUUCUUUCUUUCUUUCUUUCUUUCUUUCUUCCCUGCAACCCUUCCCCUCGCACGAACGUCCUUCUCGAAAUUAACAAUUUUCUCGACUAUUGUAUUCGUAUAAAUCGCUGGAUCGACACGCGCGCAAUCACACACACACACACGUAAAAAAGAAAAAGGAAAAAAAAGAAAAAAAAAGAAAGAAAAAGAAAAAAAAGGAUCGACACGUACACACCGAUAUAAUUAUAAUUGCGAAUGCGUAUUGUAAAAGUAUAUUCGUUUUUUUUUUUUUAAUCGAAGCUGCCUCUCGCUUUUGAAUUCUACCGCGGCCGACCGAGAGAGGGAGAGAGAUAGAAUAAAUGGGGCGAGAGAAAAAGGGGGGUAGGGAAGGGAUCGAGACGAAGGAUCUUUGUUCGAGAUAGGAUUCGUGCCAGGAUCGACACGACGACAGGCUGUGCGACGGGAUUCCGUCAAAGGGUGUUCCUCGAUCGACGAUUUCGGCAAAAAUUCCAAUUUUGCAAUUGGAAUUUCUUUUUUCCUUUUUUCUUUUUUUCUGUCUCUCGAGGGUCACGUUCGAGGGUAGAUUACUCGAGGAUCGAUCGCAGAGGGUUGAAGACACUUGUGAGCAAUUCUGAGACUCCGUGGGAGGAUUUUGUAAACAUUGUUGAAAGUAUAUUUAUUGUUAAAUAAUAUCGUAUGUAUAUUCCUUGAUAUAAAUUUGUAAUUUUCGAGUUUGUUUUAAUUAGGUGAGGGAGGGGGGUGGGGAUUUGUAAAGUGGAAUUUGUGAUUCAAUCAAAUUUCAUCCAAUUUCGAUGAUUGCAAUGUAAUGAUAAUUCAAUUCGGUUAACCCUCUCGUUCCCUUUGGUAAGUCUUUACGUAAUUUAGAAUUAUACGAAAUGUUUAUCCCGAAAAAUUAAUCAUUAAUAGAAUAUAUUAAAUAGAAUAUAAAUUUUAUUCCACUCGAUAAACUAUUACACAGUUUCUAAUCGCUUGUUUGCCGUGUAAAUUGCCGGGCAGAAAAAAAAUUGCAUAGUAAAUGUCUAAAUGGCUGUUAAAUAAUUCAGACGACGGGGAAUGACAGGGUUAAAAAGGGAAAGGAAAAAAAAAAAAGGAAAAGGUAAUAACGUACGUGAAUACGAGCUGAGAGAUCGGCAAUAAUUUAAUUAACCUAUCCGCGCCAGUUUUGCAAUAAUUUAGCGAUAAGUGUUAUUUCAAAUGGGACAUUGAGACGUGUAUCGAGUAAUUUACUCGCAACGGAUUAAAAAAAUAGGAGGGGAGAAAAUAAAUAAUGGAUGAGAAACUCGAGAGAAGACAAUUCGAGGAACACUCGUCGCGAGUAUGCGUUAUAUUUCGUUUGUAAAGAUGAUAAGAGAAUUAAACGCGGAAAUUAAAAUUAAGCAGAAGGAUGGAUUUAGAUAGAAAGAGAGAGAAAGAGAAAGAGUGAGAGAGAGAGAGAAAGAGAGAGAGUGAGAAAUGAAAUUCUAUCCGCGGUAGAUGAAUUUACUCGCGUUUUUCCCAGAUUAUGCAAUUUAAGAUUGUUCUAUAUGUAUAUAUAUAUAUAUAUGUAUGUAUGUAUGUAUGUAUGUAUUUAUAUAUACAUAUAUAUAUAUAUAAAACAUAAUCUUGGAUCGUAUCGAUUAUAACGGUGAGCGCACUGAUUUGUAACACGUAACAAGAGGAUUAAAAAAAAAAAAAAAAAAAGGAGAAUUUGUUCGUGAGAGAGAAUGAGAAAGUUUCGAGUGAAUGAAGAUGAGCAGAAAAAGCGAGGGGUGAAAGGAGUACGUGAGAGCGUGAAGGGUGAAAGUGAAUAAAAAAUAAAAAGAGAGAAAGGGAGAGAGAGAGAGAGAGAGAGAGAGAGAGAGAGAGAGAGAGAGAGAGCGAGAGAAAGAAUGAAGUAUGAGAGAUGAUGCAGUGAGAAAGAACGUGUGAGAGAGAAGAUAAGAUUUUUGUACCACCCCCUAAAUCAAUUCCUGCUCUUCACCGAGCACCCUCCGAGAUUAAAAUAAAAUUACACGAGUGUCUUUAUUCUUAUCCCCCAUCCCCCACCGUCGAUAAACAAAUUUAAUGGAAUACAAAACGAAGAUAAAAUAUUUGAAAAAAUGAAAAAAAAGAAAUAAACAAAAACAAAAAAAGACAGGAGAAUUACGAAGAGUGAGAGCAUUCGCUUGAAAGAAGAUAUCGCCUCGAAUUUUUUACAGCGUAGCUCAAUAAAAAUGUUCGCAUUCAACAAA